AUGGUGAUUACUAGCAUUUGGCCUUCUACUGCCAUUGAGUCCGCUGCAACGGAAUUGAACCCUGCUAAUGAGGGCGGAUCCAAGGCUGACCUUCGAAAGGCAACAAUCUUUUCAGAUGCUAUCCUCAGUAUACUCAAGACCCCUGCCGAGACCGUAAACGGACUCCUUGUUCUCGAUGAAGAUUUCCUGCGCAAAUAUCGUGGCGUCUCUGAUUUCUCGUCAUACGCUGGGGUGCCUGGUUCAACACCACGAAGAAUCAUGCCGCAAGAACUGCCGGUGCUAGAAGUAGCAGAACAAGAUGAUGAGGGAACUCGAAUGGACAGUACGAAGAUCAAUCGUCCGAAGCUAUAGUCAUCACUGUUAUAAUUUUCAAAGGCUGUAGUAAAGAAAAGGUUAUAUG